GUAGCCUAUCUGCUGUGACUCGCCUGUGUUUGUCCGUGUGCGUGAGCUGUACUGCAGAGUCUUGCCGGAAUGCGCUGCUUAUCUGACGAAUACUACGCCUUGCGUGUGUCAGUGAUGGAGCUACAUUCCGCGAUCUGAGCUGGAGAUAAUUAAGACCCGAAUGACACACACAUGCAGUGAUGAGAACCUAGGCUAUCGGAUGGGCGUCCCAGCUUGGUGAUACUCAACGAUGUCAAAGAGCCUGAAGAAGAAAAAUCACUGGACCAACAAAGUCCACGAAGCGGUUGUCACCAGGACCAAAGAAGGGGAAUUUGGCUUCGAGCUAAAGGGUGGCGCGGAGAUUGGGCAGUUCCCCUACUUUGGUGAGGUAAAACAAGGUAAAACGGCUGUGCAGAGUGGUAAGCUUGCCCAGGAUGAGUUGCUGCUGGAGGUCAACGAUACACCGGUGGCUGGGCUCACUACCCGGGAUGUUCUGGCUAUCAUCAAACACUGCAAAGACCCGGUCCGCUUUAAGUGUGUCAAACAAGGGGGCGUGGUGGAUAAGGACCUCCGGCAUUACCUUAACCUGCGCUUUUCCAAGGGCUCCGUGGACCACGAUCACCAGCAGAUCAUCAGAGAUAACCUCUACCUCCGCACUGUGCCCUGUACCACCAGGCAACCGAAGGAAGGAGAGGUACCAGGCGUGGACUACAACUUUGUGAGUGUGGAGCGCUUUAUGGAACUGGAGCAAUGCGGAGCCCUGCUAGAGAGUGGAACCUAUGAAGAGAACUUCUACGGUACUCCCAAGCCCCCAGCCGAACCGAGUCCGGCAGCCCCUCCCCUGAAUGUGAGUGAGGCACUGCUGCCCGGAGCCCGGCCCAGUGCUCAGGGCAAGAGGAAGAGGAACCAGUCGGUCAGUAACAUGGAGCAGCGAGCCAGCCUGGAGCCGCCUGAGGAGGAAGAGGAGGACGGCAGCCCCCCCGCGGUCAAUGGGAACGGGGUGGCCAUCACACCUGAAUCUAGUGAGCAUGAGGAUAAGAGCACAGACGGAUCCGGGGAGGUUUCUGUGGUAGAGGCCCCAAACAUGCCUUCUCCCCCCACUGAUACCCCAACAGAGGGAGAGGAGCGCCCUGAGGGGGAACCUCCCAAACUCCCAGAAGGGGAUGAGGAAGAACUAGGACCUCUUCCUGACAACUGGGAGAUGGCCUACACUGAGAAAGGAGAGGUUUACUUCAUAGAUCACAACACAAAAACUACAUCAUGGCUUGAUCCUCGACUGGCAAAGAAGGCCAAACCACCUGAGGAAUGCAAAGAGGAUGAACUGCCAUAUGGCUGGGAGAAGAUCGAUGACCCUAUCUAUGGCAGUUACUACGUAGAUCCUGUUCCCUGCAGCCACAUCAAUAGAAGGACUCAGUUUGAGAACCCCGUCCUGGAGGCCAAAAGGCGACUGGAGCAACAACAGCAGAUGCAGAGCCAGGGAUUGUCGGCUCUCCCCUUACCUGCAAUAUACAGAGAGAAGCCCCAGUUCACGCGAGAUCCCACCCAGCUUAAGGGCUCUUUCCUGUCCACGGCCCUCCAGAAGAGUAACAUGGGUUUCGGCUUUACCAUCAUUGGAGGGGACGAGCCAGAUGAGUUUUUGCAGGUCAAGAGUGUCAUUCCUGAGGGACCAGCUGCGCAGGACGGAAAGAUGGACACUGGUGACGUCAUUGUCUACAUAAAUGACAUCUGUUGUCUGGGCACCACACAUGCUGAUGUGGUAAAACUAUUCCAGUCCGUUCCCAUUGGCCAAAGUGUCACCCUGGUCCUCUGCCGGGGAUACCCCCUGCCCUUUGACCCUGAGGACCCUAGCGGAGCAUCUGCUGGCACCUCCCUGACCCCCAUGGGACUGGAACGCCCCCUAGUGGUUAAUGGACGUAGCAGUUACGACCCUUACCUGGAGUACUUAUCUCUGAGCUCCCAGCUACCUCCACAAGCCCUAGCCCAGCCCGGGACACCCCAUCCUGGGGACACCCACCUUGAUGGGUCCUCGCUUCCACCCACCACCCCCGGGUCUGUGCCAGCCAUGACGCCACACGACGACAAUGUCUCCAUGGCAUCAUCGGGAGCAACAGGGAUUGCUGGAGGUGUGAUCCAAGGGGUGGAGCUGCUGAGCGUUACCAUGGUGAAAGGAGCUGAAGGAUUCGGAUUCACCAUCGCCGACAGCCCCACAGGGCAGCGGGUCAAACAGGUGUUGGAGCCAGGUGUGCAGGGCGGGGGUCUGAAUGAAGGAGACCUGAUCCUGGAAGUGAACCAGCAGGGCGUGGCGGGGGCGGGACAUGGCCGUGUGGUGGAGUUACUUAAAGAGUGUCCUGUUGGAGCUGAGGCCACGCUACUCAUACAGAGAGAAGGAGGGGCAGGUCAUCUCUCUCCAUGGAAAACCUCCAAACAGCUACCAGAACAAUGGGACCCCCAUGAUAGUCCCCAAACUAGCCUGUCAGCCCCGGUCCUUCUACCUGGCACACCGUUUCCUACCCAGCCACACCACCGUACCUCAGUCCCUGAUUCCACGGAGGGCUUUGACCUCAACAAGCCUGACCCUUACGACCUCUAUGAGAAGUCAAGGGCCAUCUAUGAGAGCCGGCGUCCAGAGUACCAGGAGGUGGAGGUGCAUCUUUUGAGGGAGAAGACUGGGUUUGGCUUCCGAAUCCUGGGGGGAGAUGAGGCCGUGCAGGCUGUGAGUCCGGACGCCCGUGACAAGAUUGUGAUUGGUGCGAUUAUUGAGAACACUCCUGCGGAGCGUGACGGACGACUUCAACCUGGUGACGAGCUCAUCUCCGUUGAUAAGAUGGUGGUUGCCGGUAAACCACAUAGAUAUGUGAUUGACCUUAUGCAUGCCGCAGCUCGUAACGGACAGGUCAGCCUGACAGUCCGAAGAAGAGUCCACUUUCCCAGUGAAGUGUUAGGGGUAAACGGCCGUAGUCCUGGUUCUGUGUCCACACAGCACAGCUCCCCACGCAGUGAUGCUGCCUCGGCUAUCAGUCCUGUAAAUCCCAGCAACGGCCUGCAGCCAUCCACCACCUCCCCCCAAGAGGGUGCAGUCCCGUUGCAGACCAGUGAUGUUGUCAUCCACCGCAAGGAGAAUGAGGGCUUUGGCUUCGUCAUCAUUAGUUCGUUGAACCGACCAGAGAAUGCUACCAUCAUCACUGUGCCACACAAAAUCGGACGUAUCAUCGAAGGCAGCCCGGCGGACCGCUGUGGCCGUCUGAAAGUGGGAGACCGAAUCUUGGCUGUCAACGGGCAGUCCAUCAUCAGUAUGCCCCAUGCCGACAUUGUCAAACUUAUCAAGGACGCUGGACUCACAGUCACCCUGCACAUCAUCACGGAGGAAGAUCCUCAUUCAGGACCAAGCUCGGAGAAGCAGAGCCCCAUGACCCAGAAACACAGCCCUCAGGCCCAGCCCAGCCCCGUAGCCACACAGUCCAGACAAGGAACAUCCCAGCUAGGUCAAGCCCCAGUACAAGUGGGCCAGACAGCCACCACCCAAUCAGGCCCAGGAACACCACCAGGCCAGCCUGUCCAAACAGCAGUCCAGCAAGGCCAAUUACCAACAACAACCUCCCAGCCUGCCCCUGGCGUAGCCACCCAGCCCAGUCUGGCAGUGGCCCAGCAGAGCCCGGUAACCCAGCUGCCUGGUCAACCUCCCCCACUCUACCUCCAUGAUGGCAGGUCAGAGGUAAAAGCCAGGCAGGACGUUAAACCGGACAUCCGCCAGCCGCCGUUCACUGACUACAGGCAGCCCCCAGUCGACUACAGGCACCCUCCAGUUGCUGAUUACCGGCAGCCUCCUACACUAGACUAUCGGCACCCUCCUCCACUCAUUGACUACAGACAACAUUCUACCACACUUGCAGCACAGUUCCCUCUGGCACAGUUUCCCCCAGACUUUAGACCACAGGACUUUGACUACUUCACGGUAGAGCUGGAAAAGAGUGUGAAGGGUUUUGGCUUCAGUAUCCGUGGUGGACGAGAGUACAAGAUGGAUCUGUUUGUGCUACGGCUCGCAGAGGACGGCCCUGCCAUUCGCAAUGGCAGAAUGAGGGUGGGGGAUCAAAUCAUCGAGAUAAAUGGGGACAGUACCCGAGACAUGACUCAUGCACGGGCUAUUGAGCUGAUCAAGGCAGGGGGGAGGCGAGUGAGACUAUUGCUGAAAAGAGGCACGGGACAGGUGCCUGAGUAUGUAGACGGUGCCUCCACCAGGGAUGCCAUUUCUCCAGCCCUCUCUGCCCAGCAGGAAGUGAAUAUUGACCAACCACAGCCGCCCAUCUCAUCUCUCUCAUCCCAUCUAGCUUUCAACCCAGACUCCCCCCACCAGCUCUCCCUAGAGGCCACAAUGCGUAUGGCAGCCCAGGCCCCAGACCCCUGCUACACAAAAGGGGCUACGGAUGGCAGGUCCACCCAGCCCAGGUGUAAUGUCUGGGGGCAGGGAACCCAGCAGGGUCUGGAGGAGGUGGAGGGGGGAUCCAGAGAGCUCCAGCCUCCGCUACAACCCCCCAAAGCUCCCAGAGGGAGGUCAGAGGAGAGAAGGGAAAGUAGCUCCACAGGCACCCUUGAUGGGGAAAGGGAGCAUGCACACACAACCACAUGGCCCUGGGACUCUUCCUACCUAAGCGUGAACGGAGGCAGUGGACGGGGAGGGGUCAACCUCCAAGAGAUGCCUGAGCUAAGAGAUCUUCAGUCCAGGGUCGAGCAGAGACUCCCUGGAAAUGGUGGGAUUUGUUGCCCACCUCAUAGCAUGGACGGCACUUAUGGUAGCAGUCCAGUUGUCACCCCAGGGCCCUGGAACCCUCCUGGGGCUGACAGACUUCCCAGUACCCUAAGGUCCUGGACCUCCACAGUCAGCAGGUAGACCAAAUCGCUAUCUGACUACCUGCUGAAACAGACCACUACUGACCUGGUUGGAUUGGCUGGCUCUUCAUGCUCCCAGUUUCAACCCACCACACACACCAUCAAAUAAAAGAGAGAUCUUUAUUCUCUCUCUCUCUAAUAAAAUAAGGAAAAUGUUGUUCCCGCUUUCAAGCUGAUUACACCCACCACCUUACAAACUGAAGGACAUACUUUUGUGUAUGUUAACGCAAAGAGGACUUUCUCAAAUCAGUGCUUCAGUCAAGGCAGUCAUUUAAAACCUGAUGUUACAAACCCCAGAGGCUCUUUGGAUUUGGGUAAAAGGAAACUUUGGACAUUUUCGUAAAUCAACAGUUAACCGUAUCAGACCUAAAAUGAAUUGAGUUUCAACUGCAUAUGGGAUGAACUUAUCUAAGGACAGAGUUGAGCGUUCCGGUGGUUUGCUUAUUGAUUAAUGUUUCUGUGCAAUGAAGAAGACAGGAAUUCUGAACUGAGGAAGAUGUAGAGAAGGACAUUCAUUUAAAAUCUUCCUAAAACGUGAACCUUUUUUGGACAUGGACCACUUUGACGACAAGACAUGUUAGAGAUCGUACUUGCCUAUUGAAAUCAUAUAUACUGUAUAAAUGUGAAAAAUAUGUACAUUUAGUCAUAAAAAAACAUGCCUAGUGUUGUUUUUUUAGGCUUUGUUGUAGUUGGAUACAUUUAGGAAAAUAACUAGAUAUCUGGACCGUAUUUUCAUGGCUUCGUCUUAUUAUUACGACAUAUCAAAGACUGUGUCUGUCAGCUGACAUGGGACUAGAGAGUGAUGCAGUGUUCUGGUACAUGACAUCAUCAAACAGAGACACAAAACACCUAGAAGUUGCGGACUGGCAUCCUCAUUAGAGUUGAGUAUGUGUAAUUUUUGUGUGAAAAGGAGCUUUCAAAGUGUGUUAAACCAUUGUUUACUAAAGGGAAUUUGUAUCAAUUUACUAUAAGUACAAGUCAUGCAGUUAGUCCUGUUCAUUGAAAUAAACUAUCUAGAUUAUAUUUCAA